GACGGACUGCUCGGCGGUGUUGUCGCGAGCAUGGCGUCAAGCUUUCCAGCGGGCUACGCUGCCGCCUCUGAUUCGCCUGCGCCCGCGAUCCGCGAAACUGCUGCUCGAAAACUUCGGCGACUGCAAACGCAUCCACCACCACUCCACAACCGCCCCCGGUCGCAAUGGCUCCCGCGCAGGCCGCCCACGUCAACUUGUCCCCCGCCGAGCUGUCGUUUCUGCGCUCCUCGCUCUCGCAGACGCCGCCGAUCCGCCUCGACAACACCAAGGGCCCCAGGGACUUCCGGUCUAUGCGAGCAGAGUAUGACGUGCUGCCGGGCGCAAACGGCAGUGCACGCAUUGCGCUGGAGGACGGGACCGAGGCGCUGGUCGGAGUCAAGGCGGAGGUCGAGAAGUCGCGAUGGCGCCCGGCAGCGGGACAGCAGGAAAGCAUGCUCACUGUAGCUACUGGGGAUGUGAUGAUGCGCGACGACAACGAAGAGGAGGACGAGAGCAAAGGGAAAGGCCAGAAUGCGUGGAUCGAGAUGAGCGUGGAGAUCCCAGGCUUCCGCGACGACGACCCGCUGCCUGUGUUUCUGGCUGCGAUGCUCACCGAGAGCUUGCUUGCGAGCGGCGCGCUCAAAGACCGCCUGUACAUCAACAGACGCUUCCACUGGAAGCUGUACGUCGAUGUUCUCCUGCUCUCCCCGCCUCUCUCGUAUCCCCUCGCCCUCCUCUCUAUGACCGCCCACCUCGCCCUCCUCACCUCCCGCCUGCCGGCGUUGAAGUCCGAGAAGGAUGAAGACCCGCUCUUCGAUGACGACUGGGAUGCAUCGGUCCCUCUAUAUCCUAAGACGGGAAAGAGCACGAGCAUUGCGCAAGCGGACAAGCCGCCGGUCAUCAUUCUUGCCAUGGCCGUGGGACCGAACAUCAUCUUCGACCCCUGCAAGGAAGAGCUCGCUGUGGCCGAUGCUGUCCUCGCCAUUGCCUGCGCUAACGCAACUUCUUCGACUACAGGUGCUCGCAUAGUGUCAAUCCGGACCAUUGACCCACCUUCUCAUCUUACUCCGCCUGGUAUUCCUAAUUCAAUGAACUCCGCCACUGGCGGCACCGUUCCAGCUUCGAGCGCAGAGGCCUUGACGCAGCGUGAACUGCUCGCCGAUACUGGAGUGUGGACGCCUCCGCGAGGCGGUAUGAAGAGAGACCUGAUUUCUCAGAUUGUCAAGAUGGCGGUCGAGACUGGCGGAGUUGCUGAAGAAGUCAUUGGCGCCUUACAGGCAAUCGAGGUCGGUUGAACGCAAUUGGCACCUGACCACUAGAUGCACCGGCCCCGCGACGGUCUCGUAGGCCAAAGCUUGGUGAAUUUCUGUUGGCUUUGCUUCACCUUGAUGCCCCAUGAAACCUAGACAACGAAGCAAAUCAGCCACUUCUGGAUUUAGCAAAUGGAUGGUAUGCUGAAGGCCGCCACGUAAGGUCUCGCCCAUCAUCGAGCAAGAGCAAAGAUGAGACUGCAUCGCUAAAGAGUGCUGUUAUAGGGCACGAGGCUUUGCCAAGUUUUUAGGGCUUGCGGCUGGCCAUAGAAUCGCCAUACAAAAAAACCAUCUCAGCUCAGGACGGGAUAAUCCGUCUUGGACGGAAGCACAGCUGAACAUAUUCAAAUCUCGAUCAUUUUCCUCAUCCCACUU